AUGAUCAGGAUUGGAAAAACAAAAGUCCGAACUGGUUGCAUCACCUGCAAACGUCGACGAGUAAAAUGCGACGAGACGCGACCCAGCUGCAACCGCUGUGUCAAGGCUGGGAAAUCAUGUGAAGGAUACGCCAACGAUCCGAGCUCGGGUCGAGGGAGCGAACCCGUGAAAUUCGUCGUGUACACCCCACGCAAUCCAUCGCCUGUCUUGUCGGAGCAGCCAAACCUCGAUUGGUCCGAGCGACGGGCCUUCAGCUACUACCAGGAUCGGACUGCGUUGGAGCUUGCCGGUCCCUUCCAGCCGGACUUCUGGCUAGCGACCAUGCUACCACUCGCAAGAGAAGAUGGCUCCGUCAGACACGCUCUCAUUGCCCUGAGCAGUAUGCACGAGCACUAUUCAGGGGUCGAUCAUUUCUCGCCCGCGCGAAGCGUCGACUUUGCACUGAACCACUACGGGAAGGCGAUGCGGGAGGUUGUGCGAUUCAACCACGCCCAGCUGGAUCAGAAUCUCGACCGUGCUCUGGUCCUCUGCGCUCUGUUCUCCGCUUUUGAGAGCCUUCAAGGUCAGUAUCACGAGGCGUGCAACCACGCCGUGUCCGGAAUCCGAAUCCUGGCCGAGGAGCAACGAAAUGCAAGUGCCAGUCCCAAUCAGCCGCGGCUGCUCCCCAGCGAUGACCUCGCCCGCUUCUUUGUCGCCAUGGGCAGACAGAUUCUGGAAAUCGGCGGCCCAAACUUCCUGGGCCCCAAACCGAAGUUCUACCGUACGGGGACGACCACUGCACACAUGCCGUACCAAUUCACCUCGCACGAACACGCCCUGCUGCAUGUGGAAUCCCUACUUGCAGAACUCUUCGACUACGUCGAGAGGGCCGAGACUCUGGCGUACGAGGGCCCUGUACCUGACGACGUGGCCCAGGCCCUCCUGGCAGAGUUCCACGCGAUCAAACCGCGAUUUGAGGAGUGGCAGGCCGCGUUUGAGAGGUUCUCUGCCGUCGAAUCAAACGAAUACUCACGAGAGACACCCGAAUCUUGCAGCUCGGCCGCCUCGUCGCCCCCGUCGGCGCAGCACGCCAGACCCCGGAGUGCCGCAUUUCUCAUUCUGCGGGCUUAUCAAGCUCUCAUGGUGGCGUUCCUGGCACGAGUCGAGUCCAACGACGAGGCCGUGUUCAAGGACCACGGAGCACAGUUUUGGACCGCAUUGGACGCGGUGGAAGAGUUCAUUCAAUGUACCUCUACCCUUGUCAGGCCGGUGGACGGGGGCGUGUCGCCUCGACCACCACCGCCACCGUCUGACUGGUCAACGUCAACGUCAACAUCAACAUUAACGUCAAUCUCAGCCACGAACGUAGCUCCGGCUUCGCAGUCUCUCUCACAGCUCCAACUACCACAAAACCCCCCGCCCGUGAUUACGCGGCCGACAUUCUCCCUCGCCCUCGGCGUCGUGCCGACCCUCUUCCUCAUCGCCACCCGGUCCCGCGACCUCGCCCUGCGCGACAAGGCCCUCUCCCUCCUCCGCUCGUGCAACCGGCGCGAAGGCCUCUGGGACUCCCACCUCGCCGCGAGCGUCGUCGACCGUGUCAUCGACCUGAGGACCAAGGCACGGUCAAUGAGCCGCGCACAACUCCUCCUCGCCGACGCGGAUCUCCUCGCGUACAUACAGACGACAGAGAGGCCGAGUGGCAGAGAGCCAAAUGCCUCUCUUGGGGGCGGGGGAGAGGGCGCUGGCCUCGACGACGACGUAGACUUCAAGUUACUGGACAUCACCUUCCUCCCGCGCCGCCGAUGUGCAUUGCGCUAUGCAUUCGCCGCGAGACAGGCCACGACGCAAGGAACGCCGACCUCGAUGUUGCACGGUGACGUGCCCGGUCACUUUCCCCCCGGCGGCGCAGGCGCGCGUUGUGUCAGGGAGUUUUGCGAGGAGUUGCGGUGGGAGCGAUAG